AUGAGUCGCAGGGCAGCAUCAGUCGGACUGAAGGGGAAGAAGAAGGGAGCCACAUUCGUGAUUGACUGCGAGAAGCCAGUUGAGGAAAAGAUCAUGGAUAUUGCCUCACUUGAGAAGUUCCUCCAGGAGAGGAUCAAGGUCGGAGGCAAGGUCAGCGCUCUCUGUGAAUCCAUCACCGUCGUCCGCAAAGAGAGCAAAAUCUCUAUCACCUCUGACAGUAACUUCUCUGAAAGGUAUCUCAAGUACUUGACUAAAAAGUACUUGAAGAAGCACAAUGUGAGGGACUGGCUUCGGGUGAUUGCUUCCAACAAAGACAAGAAUGUUUACUUCAAUAUUGUCGAGAAUGAGGGCGAGGAGGAAGACUGAAUAUCUACUAUUCUUGUUUGCUACUACCGCUUCUGCAAACGACUGCAUC